UUAUUAUUAUCAUUUCAAACAAAUUAUUGGUUAAAAAAUAAAUGGUAUAUAACAUUUGAUUAUACAAUACCUACUCUAUUAUCAAAUAAUUGUUUUAUUGUCGUUUAUUCUAUACCUUAUACACAUUCUUAUUUUCCAACACAUUUAUAUGGUAUUCAAUCAACAUUAAAUAAAAUAAUAAUAGAAAAUAAUAUGAUUAAUGAAUUAUAUAUUGAAAUAAAAUCAUGUUCAAUAAUGUCAUUUUAUCGACAUUAUAAAUAUGUUAAAAAAUUAUCAUUAUAUAUUAUGCCAUUUAUUAAUAAAUGUGAUUUAACAAUUUAUCAUGAUUUAAGUCGAAUUAUUAUUAUAAAAAAAUUAAUUCAUUUAGAAAUUGAUGGUAUAUUACGAAUAGAAUUAAUAAAAGAAUUAUUAUCUCAUGGAAAUAAUAUUAAAAUAUUAAAAUUAACAACAAAUUAUAAUUAUAAUUCUUUAAAUUUAUCUAAUAUAUUAUCAAAUAUUGUUCU